CAUCCUCCAUUAUACAUGAUUCGCAGUGUCCAUCGGAACAAAAGGGGACCUUAUGCAGCAGCACAUGAGAUGAGCAAAGCCACACAACCUAUAGGAGGACCCCCCACUGCCCCUUCCCCUGGACUCCCACAGAGCAAUGGAAGCCUUUGAACCCAGAAGAAAAAAAGAGCUAUGACCGAGAAUUCUUGUUGGGUUUCCAGUUCAUUGUGGCUAGCAUGCAGAAGCCAGAAGGGUUACCACAGAUUACAGAUGUAGUUCUGGAGAAAGCUAACAAGACUCCUCUCCGACCGCUGGACCCCACUCGCCUCACUGGUAUGAACUGUGGGCCAGAUUUCACCCCUUCUUUUGCUAACUUUGGAAGGCCUUCCACAGGCAAUCGCGGGCCUCUUAAGGUCCCAACCACAGAUAAACCAGGAGUCACUGUUAACUUUCGGAAGCUGCUUCUUAACCGCUGCCAGAAAGAGUUUGAGAAGGAUAAAGAUGACGAUGAGGUGUUUGAGAAAAAGCAAAAGGAGAUGGAUGCUGCUGUAUCACCAGAGGAAAAGACUCGCCUAAAUGAUGAAUUGAAUGAGGCCCGGGAUAGUGCACGACGACGAUCUCUGGGGAACAUCAAAUUUAUUGGAGAACUUUUUAAGCUGAAGAUGCUGACUGAAGCCAUAAUGCAUGAUUGUGUUGUAAAACUGCUGAAGAAUCAUGAUGAGGAGUCAUUGGAAUGUUUAUGUAGACUUCUGUCCACUAUUGGAAAGGACUUGGAUUUUGAGAAAGCCAAGCCUCGGAUGGACCAGUAUUUCACCCAGCUUGACAAAAUAAUAAAGGAAAGGAAGACAUCGUCUCGUAUUCGUUUCAUGUUACAGGAUGUCAUUGAUUUGCGAUUGUGUAACUGGGUUCCUCGACGAGGUGAGCAGGGGCCCAAAACAAUAGAUCAGAUCCAUAAGGAAGCAGAAAUGGAGAAACAAAGGGAGCAAGUCAAAGUCCAGCAAAUUAUGUCAAAGCAGGAAAAGAGACGCGAACCAACUGGGCGACCUACUGGCAGCCGUGGAGGCCAGUCCACAGAUGAUGGCUGGAACACUGUGCCUAUAACUAAAGGAAGCCGGCCAAUUGACACCACUAGGAUCAGCAAGAUUACUAAGCUUGGUGCCAUUGAUUCUAACCAACUGCUUGCACCUGGUGGAAGACUGAGUUGGGGAAAAGGAAGCAGUGGUGGAACUGGAGCCAAACCAGCUGAGGCAGCUCCAGAAUCUGGACGUUCAGGCACCAGCACUCUAAACAGAUUCUCUGCACUGCAGCAAUCAUCGGCUGAGAGCCAAGAUUCCCGGCGACCUCUUCAAAGGGGAAGCUCCAGCCGUGAUCGAUCAGAGAAGGAUCGCGGUGACCGAUUUGAAAGGAAUGAGAGAUUUGAUAAGGCAGUUAUCUUUGACAGAAGUGAUCGUUCAGACAGGGCACGUCCUCUUCUCACCAAGAGGAGUUACAGCAAGGAGACUGAGGACCGGAGCAGAGAGAGAGAGGCUCAUAUACCUCAAGAGGCUGUUAGGAAGGUAGCCAGUAUGACAGAACAGAGGGACCGCAGUAAAGAAACGGUGAAGCGAGAUCUCCCCCCUCCUGCAGCAGUAACAGCCAUCACAAAACCAUCUCUGUCUGAGGAGGAGUUGGAAAAGAAAUCAAAAGCCAUCAUAGAAGAAUAUCUGCACAUCAAUGAUAUGAAGGAAGCAUUGCAGUGUGUACAGGAACUUAAUUGCCCCACACUACUCUUCAUCUUUGUACGGAAUGGUAUAGAGUCAACCCUUGAAAGAAGCACUAUUGCUCGAGAGCGUAUGGGUCAACUUUUAUACGAGCUGGUGAAGGCAGAGAGACUGUCCAAGGAACAGUACUACAAGGGUGUGUUAGAAGUUGUUGAAGUUGGAGAAGACAUGGAAAUUGACAUACCACACAUCUGGCUUUAUCUGGCUGAGCUCAUCACCCCUGUGCUGCCGGAGGGAGGAAUUCCUAUGGGAGAGCUUUUCAGAGAGCUAACCAAACCUUUAGUGCCUAGUGGAAAAGCUGGCAUUCUUCUUGCAGAGAUUCUGGGGUUGCUUUGCAAAGGAAUGAGUCACAAGAAAGCUGGUUCUUUAUGGCAAGAAUCUGGACUGAGCUGGAAGGAGUUCAUGGCUGAAGAAGAGGAUGUGAAAAGUUUCAUCGCUGAUAAGAAACUUGAGUAUACACUGGGGGAUGGCACUGAAACACCCAGUAAGAAGGAUAUUUCCUCAGCAGAACUAAACUCAACGUUGGCCAAACUUCUAAAAGAAAACAGUUCUAACCAGAAGAUAUUUGACUGGAUUGAGGCCAACCUAAAUGAUCAGCAAAUUUCAUCCAAUACAUUUGUUCGAGCUCUCAUGGGUGCAGUGUGCCACUCUGCCAUUGUCUUUGAAAACCCAAACAAAGUGGAUGUUACUGUAAUACGCACACGAGCAAAACUCCUCCAGAAAUACCUGAGCGAUGAAAACAAGGAGCUUCAGGCUCUAUAUGCACUACAGGCGCUGGUUGUGAAGCUGGAUCAGCCCCCAAAUCUCCUUCGAAUGUUUUUUGAUGCACUAUACGAUGAAGAUGUGAUAAAGGAGGAACCUUUCUACAGGUGGGAGUCCAGCAAAGACCCAGCUGAACAGCAAGGGAAAGGUGUUGCUUUGAAAUCUGUCACAGCCUUCUUUACUUGGCUACGGGAAGCAGAAGAUGAGUCUGAUAACUGAACUCAGACCAGACUUUUCUCUCAACCGCCUGCUUUAGGGGCUUUCUUCUGAGCUUCCAGCUUUUUUUUUUUUUUUUUUUUUUUUUCUUUGCUUUUUUUUUUUUUUUAUUCGCCUGAAUUUAACAGAAAAUCUAUAUAUAUAUAUAAAAAAAAAAAAAAAAUAUUCACACAACUGGUUCUGAGUGUACAAGAGAAAACAGUGACUCAUUGGCAUGAAGAUAAGCCAGGCAGAGGAUGAGAAAGGAGCCUGGCAGAUGGGCAGGAUGUGAGCUUGGAACACAAUUAUGAGUGCAAAAUUCUACUUUUUUUUUUUUUUUUUUCUCCUAUUUUUAUUUUUAGGAAACCAGAACUGGGGUUUCACUUAAGAGUACUUGAGGUAUUUUGGGACUGCUAAAUGAGGGUGGAGAGCCUUGUUGACUCCCUUCUCCCCACAACCCUCUUUGCCCUAAAUAAGUGGGGAGGGGGAGCACAGGCCAAAUUCUCUUGCAGAUGCAAUUUUUAAAGAGCAGACUGGAGACUUUGCUCUUCAAUGGGAUGGAGUGACUAAGCUUCCCAUAUGCUCUGUCUGAAAUAUAGAUAUAAAUAUAUAUAUAAAUAUAUAUAAUUAUUACAUUUUUUUUUUUUUUUUUCCCCAAAGUUUGCAUAAUGCCAGCUUUGAAUUUUGUGUUACCGAUCUCCAGUUCAUGGAGUUCUGGACACAGGCAGAAAUACAUUGCAGGUUUGUUUUUUUUUGUUUUUUGUUUUUUUAUAUAUUUUAUUUUAAAAAAAAAACACCAAUUAGACAUCCGAUGAACUCCUAAUUGAUAUGUAAUUAUUAAAAAAAAAAAAGAAUGGUGGCUGCUUCUAUUAACUGCUGAGAUGUUCAGAUCACACCACCAUGUGUUGGAGCAUUUCUCAAAAUGGGCAAAUUCUGUAUUUAUAGAGAAAGCAAAACCUUAUGGUUAUUUCUCUCCCAAAAGUUUCUGGAGGUUAUUGUAAUUAUUCAACAAACUAAGGAUUGAGAGAAAUUUGUAAAUACUUUGCUUUCUUUAUUAAGUAUUUAAUGAUUCUGACAUACAAAUUUCCCCAAAACUUCUUUUCACAGAAACUGGAAAUAAAGAACAUUACAUAACA